UUUCUUUCAAUGUUUUCAUUUGACUUGUGUACAUGCCUCCCUCUCUUUGUGUAAAUGAUAAAAUAACAUUUUUUUAACUUUCCAAAAACCGUGUCUCUUAUAUUUAAGGCACAAGCACUACCCAUCAAAACUUCAUUCAGAUUAGAAAGUGAGAGUUUGGAUCCUCAGAGAGAGAUCAGAGAUGGGAAGAGCUCCAUGUUGUGACAAGGCUAGUGUUAAGAAAGGACCAUGGUCACCGGAAGAAGACACAAAGCUCAAGGAGUACAUAGAGAAGCAUGGAACUGGAGGGAAUUGGAUUGCUCUUCCUCAAAAAGCUGGUCUUAAGAGAUGUGGGAAAAGUUGCAGAUUGAGAUGGCUCAACUAUCUCAGGCCUAACAUUAAGCAUGGAGAUUUCUCCGAUGAGGAAGACAGAAUAAUUUGCAGCCUCUAUGUUAAUAUUGGAAGCAGGUGGUCAAUUAUAGCUGCUCAGUUACCAGGAAGAACUGACAAUGAUAUCAAGAACUAUUGGAACACAAAGUUGAAGAAAAAACUCAUGUCGUUGCUUCCUCUUUCUCAUCACAGAAAACAAGCUUCAUUUCCAUCCUCAAUCCUUCAAAACCCUCCACCCUCUCCUUCAUCUCACCAACUGUACGGAGAGUACUGCACCUACACUCCUAUGACAACCACAUCUUUCCCAGUUACAACUGAACCUCUCUCCCUUCCUUCAAGUAACUAUGCAACCACAACAACCUCGAUUUCUCACCCCUUUCACCAAAGCCAAGACUCCAUGGCCAGUGCUAUUAGUCCCAUGCAACAAUGCUAUUACCCCAUCAGAGACAGCAUGCUCAUGUUUGGAAGCGAGGGAAGUUGCAGUUCCUCUGAUGGAAGCUGCUCUCAGGGAAGAGAAAUCAAGCAAGAAGAAAUGGGUUACCAAAGCUACAAUGAUAGUAACAACUUGAUGCUUAGUUGUUACAGCAACAUGAAUGAUGGAGGGUGCUUUAGCGAAACGCUCACACCGUUGGAUUGUGAUCUGGAGGAAAUUAAGCAAUUGAUUAGGUUCAAUAAUGUUGAUGAUGAAAACAAGACAGAAGAGAAGGCCAUGUACCAGUACUACUACUACUGACUAUCACUGCAACUGAUGAUGACUGACUAGAGGUAAAAAGAGAUGUGUGAUGAUAUGAUGGAGAAAGGGUAUGUUGGUGGUGUCGCGCAAAGAUUCAAAAAAAAAAUUGAUGACAUUUUCUGGGGUUCUGCGUUUUUCGAUGAAAUGAAACAUUUCUUGUUUUGACAGUA